UCCACUCUAUCCCUUUGAAAAUUAGAUACAUACAGCUCUCUUGUCUCUACCACCACGCUACCUCUUUAAAUCCAACCAAAAUCCCAUUUUAACACUCUAGCUCUAAUGGUCAAACUUUCUUCCUUGACUACAUUGUUAUUUUCUUUUUUUGGAAGUUACUUCGCUGUAAUUUUAUAAUUUCUUUAUAAACCAUUCUCACUUCCAAAAGUUUCAUCCACAACAAAAGUUCAUCAAAAAUAAAACAAAAUAUGGCGGACUGUUUAGACGGCAAUGUUUUAGCAGCCAAGUCCUUUGCCCGUUUCGGCGUCACCCACAUGUUUGGCGUCGUGGGUAUCCCCGUUACUGGCCUCGCCAACCGUGCAGUCCAAUUGGGUAUUCGUUUUAUUGCUUUUCACAACGAACAAUCCGCUGGUUAUGCGGCUUCUGCUUAUGGCUACCUCACGGGCCGACCCGGUCUUCUCUUGACUGUUUCCGGGCCCGGUUGCGUCCACGGUCUGGCUGGUUUGUCCAAUGCUAUGAUCAACACCUGGCCCAUGGUCAUGAUCUCUGGCUCCUCCGAUCAGAAGGAUUCCGGUCGUGGAGAUUUCCAGGAGCUUGAUCAGAUCGAAGCAGUGAAACCCUUUUCGAAAUUCUCUGUUAAAGCCAAAGAUAUCAAGGAAAUUCCCGAUUGUGUUGCUAGGGUUUUGGAUCAUGCAGUUUCGGGUCGACCCGGUGGGUGUUAUUUGGAUUUACCGACUGAUGUAUUACAUCAGAUGAUAACUGAAUCCGAAGCAGAGAAAUUGUUAACCGAGGUCGAGAAAGAAAGGGUUUUUGAAGCAACAAAAGCACCGCCGAGUUCUGAAAUCGCAAAGGCGGUUAGUGUGUUGAGGAAGGCGGAAAGGCCAUUGAUUGUUUUCGGCAAAGGGGCGGCUUAUGCCCGAGCUGAAGGGGAACUAAAAAAGUUGGUUGAAAGAACGGGGAUUCCCUUUUUGCCAACUCCAAUGGGUAAAGGGCUGGUGAACGACGAUCAUGAGUUGGCCGCUAGUGCUGCAAGGUCACUCGCCAUUGGCAAAUGUGAUGUUGCAUUGGUUGUUGGGGCAAGGCUCAAUUGGUUAUUGCACUUUGGGGAGAGUCCUAAAUGGGAUAAAGAUGUGAAGUUCAUUUUAGUGGAUGUUUCUGAAGAAGAGAUUAAGUUGAGAAAACCCCAUUUAGGUUUAGUUGGGGAUGCUAAGAAGGUUUUGGAGAUGAUUAAUAAGGAGAUUAAAGAUGACCCUUUCUGUUUGGGAAAGUCUCAUCCUUGGGUGGAGGCUAUUUCGAAGAAGGUGAAGGAUAAUGUGUCGAAAAUGGAAGCUCAGUUGGCGAAAGAUGUUGUGCCGUUUAACUUUUUGACUCCUAUGAGGAUUAUAAGAGAUGCUAUUUUGGGGGUUGGGAGUCCAGCUCCGGUGGUGGUUUCAGAAGGGGCGAAUACUAUGGAUGUUGGAAGGUCUGUGCUGGUUCAGACCGAGCCUAGGACUAGGUUGGAUGCAGGGACUUGGGGGACAAUGGGAGUUGGUUUAGGUUAUUGCAUUGCCGCUGCUGUGGCUAGUCCAGAACGGCUUGUGGUUGCAGUCGAAGGGGACUCGGGAUUCGGGUUCAGUGCUAUGGAGGUUGAGACAUUGGUUCGAUACAAGUUGCCUGUUGUUGUGAUAGUCUUUAACAACGGUGGUGUUUACGGUGGUGACCGAAGGAGCCCUGAAGAAGUAAGUGGCCCUUUCAAAGAUGACCCUGCGCCCACUUCCUUUGUUCCUGGUGCUGCUUACCAUACUUUAAUCGAAGCUUUCGGGGGAAAGGGUUACCUUGUCGGGACACCUGAUGAAUUAAAAUCUGCCCUUUCUGAAUCCUUCUCUGCAAGGAAGCCGGCUGUGAUAAAUGUGCUAAUCGAUCCCUUUGCCGGUGCAGAAAGUGGGAGAAUGCAGCACAAGAAUUGAGGUAGUUUCAGUUUUGUUUCGUUAAAUUUCUUUUUCCACCACUUACCGAGCUGGUCUUUCUAUGUCAAUGAAUAAUCGGAUUUGUGCUCACUUGUGAUAGAACAGAUGGAGAUCAUGUGUUUUGACUUUUGUAGUCAAAUGCAGUGUGCACUGUGUUGUAUAUGACAUUGAUAAAAUAUUUCUUAGUAGUAAAUGUUCUCACAGUUGAUAUUUAUAUAUAUAGACCUGAUUUGAACCCAA